ACACUAUUUCUAGACAUCCCAAAACUUGGAUGUUUUACCACAGUAUUGGCUGUAGAUAUAACCGGAGAAUUGACCAUGAUAUCAUUGGAACGUAACCCAAUUUCAAGUGCCAUAAUAGCUCCAUGCGUAGCCCCUUGUCAUUGUAUAUCCAUGGGCUGUGACUGUCACGGUAAGGCAUAUAUCAGCCCUUCCUUUUCCUUUUGAUACCUCUCAUUCCCAUUUACAAUGAACACCCACCGAAGAAUUGAUACGCACUUCCAUGUUGUACCGGAUUUCUAUGCUAAGAUUGUAGAAGAAACAGGAGGCGAUCCAUCAGGAUGGCCGACACCAGGAUGGACGCUCGAGCAAGCCAAAGCUCACAUGGCGCAAUUAGGCAUUGCAUCCGCCGUCGUUUCGGUCACCGCUCCUGGAACUACCAUGUACGCAGAUGACAUUAAAAAAGGUAGAGAGUUGGCUCGCAGGUGCAAUGAAUUUUGCGCAAAGCUGGCAAACGACGAUCCUGCUCGAUUCGGGUGGUUCGCUACCCUUCCUCCUUUAACCGACGUUGCUGGAUGUAUCGAAGAAAUCGAUUACGCUUUCAAUCACCUUAGUGUGGAUGGUGUUACGGUGCUGACAACAUACCCUUACCAGGGAACGUCAUUGUACCUUGGAAAUGAAAUAGUUCACCCUGUAUGGGAAAAGCUGAAUUCUAUCAACGCUGCGGUUUUCAUUCAUCCCUCGAGUUCAAUCAUGCCCAUCGUUAACCAGUACGCACCGAAGCCGCUCUUUGAUUACCCGCAGGAGACUACACGUACCGCUGCUGACCUUGUUUUAUCGGGAACCAAAGCCAAGUACCCUAAUGUCAAGAUGAUUCUUUCGCAUGCUGGUGGCACUUUAGCCUUCCUUGCACCUCGAAUCUGUAGUAUCAGUACCGGAAUGAGAACAACGGAGCAGCUUGAAGAGGAUUUCAGAUCGUUCUAUUUUGACACCGCUUUGUCCUCUUCCAAAGGCCAGUUGCUAGCUUUGUUAGAAUUUUCCGAUCCGUCCCAUAUUUUCUUCGGCAGCGACGUACCGUAUGCUCCAAUUGAAGCCGCCAAUGCCAUCACUAUGCGAUUAGAUGAAUUUUUUGCACAUGAGGAGUACAAGCAUUUAGCACAAAAAGUGGACCGGGAAAAUGCCUUGGCGCUGUUCCCAAGAUUCUCCAAAGCAGGUCAAUAAGCGUCUGCUGUAAAUCAGAUAAAAGUAUUUUAUUUAUUGGUAUUAUUUGACAGUGAUGUGAUUAAAUAGAUUUAUGGCCUUCUUAGUAUGAUCGAAUAAAAUGAAAUACUAGAGCAGCUGAGCC